AUGUCCAACUCGACGGUAUCAGAUCUGGUUGGAAACUGCAUAGCACCCUUCCUUGACGCCUCAAAGUUCGGCCAAGAGGGAGGAUUCAUACACGGCCGAUUUUGCGCACCGAUAGAAGGACUACCCGGCAAUCCAACAUGUUGCUUGCCUUGUCCCGCAACUGAAUGGGCCUACUCAGACCAAUUCAGAACAUACGGCAUCGUAUCAGAAUGGCUGAACGUUGUCGGCCUCAUAUUGAUGGUCUUCAUGCUCAUAUCAUACGUGGUACUACCGACGCAGCAGACACGAAGUCAUUACCUCAGCGUGUGUUUGGUUGUGUCAAUAGCCCUGAUUGCGAUUGGAUUUACGAUACCCCUUGGAGCGAGGCCACAGCAGUGUCACGAUGAAAUCACCCCGAACGACAUGUACUCAUCAACGGAAUGUGCCUGGUCUGGCGCAUUCAUCAUCGCAGGAGGACUUACGGCCGAUAUGUGGAUCUUUAUUCGAGCUUUGUCGAUGAACUUGCAGAUUUGCUGGGACAUUGUUCCUGGAAAACGGUUCUUCUAUGCCUCACAAUUGAUGGGAUGGGGCAUCCCGGCGAUUUUGUUCACCAUCACCAUUACCUUGACUGGAGUCAGCUUUCGUUUUGGAUCGGCGUGCCAUGUCAACCACAAAUCGUCAAUGGGUGACUUCUGGGGGCCAUUGCUGGCUUUCGCAGGCGCAGCUGGUGUCUUACAGCUUAUGACUUUCGCAUACUGCAUCCACGUCUAUCUCAAAAAUUUGUGGUCAGACCAAGCCGAUACCUCGACCAACGCAUCUGGAAGCGGGCUGCCAUCCUACACUUCCAGCGUGCGAACACAGACGGCGCGUGCUGUGUACCAACGACUGAAGAAAGUACUCUGGCUACAGUGGCGAGGAAUUUGCAUCGUCAGCAUCAUUCUCGUCGACGUCGUCUUCUUCUCCAUCGUCUUCGUCUACCUCGAUGGCAUGCAACAAUCAAUCGUCCGCGAUUGGACUAAAGUUAUGCCCUGGUUGGGUUGCCUUGCUAACAACCCCAACGACAAAGACAAGUGCCUGCACCUUGUCCACGGCUGGCUGGUCAACGAACCUACUGUCGUUGCAGUGCUUCUACUCUUGUCUCUGGCCGGCGUGCAAGUCUUUCUCCUCCUCACCCGACCCUCAGUCUUCCCCGCCUGGUGGGACUUCUUCCGAUCCAAGACCUCCCGCCGCCAAGAAUUCGUCUCCCUCGACGCCAGGCCAGAUAUCAUGCAACGCUCCAACUCCAAGCAAGAGCUCCUCCGCUACCAACGAGGAAACCAAGCCACGACCUUCGAAAUGCAAGCGAAACAACCUCCCUCCGUCGAAACCACUGAUCUCGAACUCAAAGGCCUGGGAGGCUCGACCCUCUCAUCACCCGAAGAUUCCUACCGAAGUCCGCUCCACCAAGGCUCCCCAGCGAUCGACGAGACGGCAAACCACAACCUCCCACGAGGCCGCCUCCCACCCGAAUACGUCAGCCGCAUAACGCCCUCGCCCCUCAACGAUCCAAUGAACCCGUCCAGCCCACCCGAGGCAUUCCGCCAACGCCAACAUCAACCCUCGACAUCAGACUACUUCAACCAAUCCCGCCUCCGCAAAGACUCCUCUGAAUCGCGGCGCUACCAACCCCCAACAUCCAGCUUCUCCGUCCCCAAAGCGCCUUCCAGGGACAGCAGCAUCAAAAGCGUCAGUUUCGACCCGAGGGAUAUGUACACGAGGGGCGGACUCGCACUAAACCCACCGAGCGAGGCUGGCGAAAGCCAGGAAGAUUUGCAUCAGAGUCGACUGGUGGCGAAUUCGAGGGUGUGGGAUCCUAACAAUCGAAUUUGA